AUGAACAACCAAAUUCCUGAUCAGCCAUAUACCUUUCUUCGUAUCAAGCGUAAAAGAAAUGAAGAGCCCCUCGAUGCCCUGGUCGUGGAAUCUGGAGCUCGCAGGAAAAAAUCAAAAGGAGGAAGUGGUGUAUUCAAGUUUGCAAAAACCAUAGAGGAAGGUGUUUGGGAGGAUGAAGAACAGAAAAAGGCAAUCCAGCUCCAAUUGUCCAUGUUAGCCCAACAGCCUAUUUCGCAAGAAGCAAAAGCUCCUGUACCCCCAUCAGAAGCUGCUGUAGCUUCAACACCUCCAUCGAAGUCACAUCAAACAAUUGAUAAUCGUCGAUAUACUAUUGUCGAGCGCUCACUGCCGACGGCCCAUUUACCACUUCGGAAGCCCGCUAGCCCUCCACAAAUUGUAUCGUCAAAGGAACUAGCUACCCAGCGAGCCAAUUCAGACUUUAAGAUGUAUGACGCGGUACUUGAAAACCCUCCAGCUCAGGAACAGAUAGACCCUGCAUUGGAGAUUUUGUUGCAAGAUUAUUUGAAACUUCAAACACCUUCUGCUUCUAUACCUGCGACUGCCGAGAAUGAAGAUUAUGUUUGGGACAUCUUCUACCACCGCCCGAGGACCUAUACUCAAACGUUGAUGGAUGCUGUAGCGGUCGGCACGGUGUCUGGUCUUCCACCGCUGGGCUCUGGAGAUUCUGACUCGGAUUCAUAUUCGGAGGAAGAGGAUGAAGCUGAUGAAGAUUCAAACGCCGAAGAAUGGUACACGAACGAUUAUCCUGAGGAAGAAGAAUCUGACUUGUCCCAGGACGACGAUAAUGAUGAAUUUCACGAAGAUACCAUAGAUAGUGAUAGUGAACAUGAAUGGCGAUAG